AUGACAGGGAUUGAGAGAGAGGAGAAGGAAGUGGAGGGGUUUGGAUUUCGGGGUGACUUGGGAGUCGCUCGAGAUGGAUUAAAGAGACGGUGCACCGCGAAACUGGAGCAGCACACGCGACCACGCCGGGGGGGAAGGGGGCGACGGGACUCGGUGAAUUCACGGAGCCCCCGGGACAGAGGCUGUGACUGGUCCCACCCCAAGAUGACUUCCCCCAAAAACAAAGCCAAGAAGAAACCACCCAAAGACAGCAUGACGCUGCUGCCAUGCUUUUAUUUUGUAGAGCUCCCAAUCGUCCUGUCCUCCUUGGUGUCCCUGUACUUCCUGGAGCUGACAGAUGUGUUGUCCCCGGCGAUGGUGGGCUUCCGUUGCCAUGACCGUGACCUCUCCAUGCCGUACGUGGAGACGGGGGAUGAGCUCAUCCCUCUGCUGAUGCUGCUGAGUUUGGCCUUCGCUGGUCCUGCAGCGUCCAUUAUGAUGGGGGAGGGCCUGAUGUACUGUUUGCAGUCCAAACUGAAGACAUGUCCCAAGUCGGAGAGUAGCAUCAACGCUGGAGGCUGCAGCUUCAACUCCUUCCUACGCAGAACCGUACGCUUCGUCGGUGUUCAUGUAUUCGGUCUCCUGGCAACAGCCCUGGUGACAGAUGUCAUCCAGUUAGCAACUGGUUACCACGCCCCUUUCUUCCUCACCGUCUGCCAGCCCAAUUACACGGCCCCGGGAGUCUCAUGUGACAACAAUGCCUACAUCACACGGGACAUCUGCAUGGGCAAAGACCAGUAUGCCAUCAUGUCAGCAAGGAAAACAUUUCCAUCCCAGCAUGCAACGCUCUCUGGCUUCGCUGCUGUCUAUAUCUCCAUGUAUUUGAAUGCCAGCAUCAGCAGCACGACCAAGCUGCUGAAGCCUUUGCUGGUGUUUGCUUACUGCAUGGCGGCGGGUCUCGCCGGGCUGACGCAGAUAACUCAGCACCGCAGUCACCCAAUAGACGUCUACGUGGGAUACCUCAUAGGAGCCGGCAUCGGAGUCUACUUGGCUGUGUACGCAGUGGGAAACUUCAAAGCAUCAGACGAAGAUGCUCCCUCUUUACAGAGGCUGACCCCAGCUCAGCAGAAGGACGGCUUGAGGGUGCUGAGCCAGCGGAGUCAUGACUCCCUGUACAGGAAGACUCCCAGGGUGUCUGAGAGCAGAGAGGAGCUGGGGGCAGGGCUGGGGUCCGGGGCUCGCAGUAAGGUUAGGAGGGAGAAGGCGUCCCUGGCCUCCCUCAAACGAGCCAGUGCUGACGUGGAGCUCCUGGCAACCCGGGGUCCAAUGGGCAAGGAGACCAUGGUCACCUUCAGCAACACCUUGCCCAGAGUCGCUAACGGCAACAGCCCCAUCUCCCCCUCAGACGAGCUGCCCACCCCGCAGCGUCACAUGACUUUCCACGUGCCCUUCGACCCCCAGAGGUCUCGGCAGCUGGUGUCGGAGUGGAGGCAGCGCUCGCUGGAGGUCCGCAGCCAGAGCUCACGGGACGAGGAGGAGGGAACGGACGGGAGGGAUGGAGGAGAUGAAGGAGGAGCAGCCGGAGAAGGAGAGCAGGAGAUGCCUUCCUCUCUUUAUCCCACGGUGCAAGCCAACAAGGGCACCGCCACACCGACCGGAGCCAGGAUGGUGGUGGCACCCCCACUCGUUCACAUCCCCGAGGAGGCCUCUCGGCCGCCGCCUGUCUCCCCCAAGAGUGCCAAGACCCGCGCCAAGUGGCUGUCGCUCACCGAGGGAGGGGUGAAGGAGCCGGGACCAGGGCCGAUCGCCGUGUCGACACCCCGUGUGCCCAACACGCAGCCCAACCAGCCGCCCAGCCAGCAAAGAGUCACUCAGGUGAUAGCCAUGUCCAAGCAGCAGGGUCACGGAGUCUCUUCGUCCACCAAGGCGUCAGAAGGUGGAUCCUCCUCCGGUGGUGGCUCCAACUGCUCCGAGUCGCCCUAUUACCGGAUCCCAUCCGAUCGUGACAGCUGCACUGGGAGCAACCCAGGGAGCAUCGCCGGGAGCGGGAGCAUCGUCACAAUCGACGCUCACGCCCCUCACCACCCAGUGGUGCGCGUGUCGGCCACUAACGGCAAGCCGUGGGAGUGGAGAAACACCAUCAGCGGGAACAUGACGGCAGCCGACACGGCAGGGGACCAACACCGCGUGGCGCUGCAGCGACAGGACAAUGUCAAUCACUACCGGGACUACCGGACGCUCCCGGUGAAAACGGACUCGCUGUGCUCCUCCUCGGCCAGCGGCAGCGUCGAAGGAGGACCGGAUCUGCCCCCCCUCCCCACCUGCUCCUCCCCUCUGCCUCCCCCUCCUCAGCUGUCAUCCCCUCUACCGCCGCCGCCUCCUCACUCGUCUCCUUCCCCCUUGCCUCCCCCUCCUCACCCGAGCUCCUCCCCAAUGCUCCCUCCUUUCCCUCACCCUGCAUCCUCGCACAUGCCUCCCCCUCCUCCCCUGUCCUCUCAGAUGCCCCCACCGCCCCUCCCGUCGUCCUCCCAAAUGCCCCCGCCUCCUCACCCAUCCUCCUGUCAAAUGCCCCCGCCUCCUCACCCAUCCUCCUGUCAAAUGCCCCCGCCUCCUCACCCAUCCUCCUGUCAAAUGCCCCCGCCUCCACAUCCGUCCUCUUCCCCUUUGCCGCCACCGCCUCACCCCUCAUCCUCCAUGCCUCCACCUCCCCACCCAUCCUGCUCCAGCAUGCUUCCCCCUCCUCCCCAUCCCGACUUGCUGAUGGAUGGCCACAGCCAGGCGCUGUCCCGCUCCUCCACCCUGCCUCGUCGGCCCUCUGUCUCCGCCCGCAGCCACGCCGAGCAGGAGCACUACUACAAGGCCAUGCAGAAUGAGCGCAUGUUAUAG